ACUCUUCCAAUCGCUUGGCGGAAUUACCAAACACUUCCAAUUGGAAGAGCCAUCGAAGAAAAAACAGGGCCCCAAUUGGGCGGUGCCAUCGUCAACGGAUCCCUUCCCUUAAAUAACGAUUUUCAAUUCCAUCUCUUCUCCGUGUGUUUCCGUUUUCUUGUUCCACUGUAAUUCGAGCGACCCAACCAAACUUUGAUUGCUCUCUUUCUCGCCCUGAAUUGUUAUCUCAAAAGCCUGAAAAGUUGAAUUGAGAGAGAGAGAAAAGAAAAAUUAGACACAUACAGCAAUAAUUCCCACUUUUCUUUUUCCAACUAUCUUCUAUAUCUUUCUUUAUUGCCAGCUCUGCGGCCCCGUCUUCUCCCAUUCCGCUUUCUUGCGUUUCUUACUCACUCCUCUCUCCUCCACCCUUUGUUUCCAGAGGGUGUGGGAGAUCUCCGUGCAGUGAAUUCUUGUGGCAUUUCCGGAUUUCAGAUUCAGUAAUUUAAAAACUGUCAGUUUCUCUUGAAACUAAAGAGAUAGUAGCAGAGAAAUAUUCUCCAAUGUCUAGCUCUGCCAAAGCCUUGGAUCCUGCAUUUCAGGCAGUUGGACAGAGAGUUGGAACAGAAAUCUGGCGAAUUGAGAACUUUCAACCUGUUCCAUUGCCAAAGUCGGACUAUGGGAAAUUUUACAUGGGGGAUAGUUACAUAAUUCUACAGACAUCUCAGGGAAAAGGUGGUUCUUACCUCUAUGAUAUACACUUUUGGAUUGGAAGAGAUACUAGUCAGGAUGAAUCAGGAACUGCAGCUAUUAAAACUGUGGAGCUUGACGCGUCUCUUGGAGGACGUGCAGUACAACACAGAGAAAUUCAAGGCCAUGAAUCAGAAAAAUUCUUGUCAUACUUCAAACCUUGUAUCAUACCAUUGGAGGGAGGUGUCGCAUCUGGAUUUAAGAAACCCGAGGAAGAACAAUUUGAAACACGAUUGUAUGUCUGUAGAGGAAAGCGAGUUAUCCGAAUGAAACAGGUUCCCUUUGCUCGUUCAUCACUAAAUCAUGAUGAUGUAUUCAUCUUGGACACCGAGAACAAGAUAUUUCAGUUCAAUGGUGCAAACUCUAAUAUCCAGGAGAGGGCAAAAGCUUUGGAAGUGGUUCAAUUCUUGAAGGAUAAAAAUCACGAGGGGAAGUGCGAUGUUGCAAUUGUUGAUGACGGGAAGUUGGAUACGGAGUCGGACUCUGGUGAGUUUUGGGUCCUAUUUGGUGGCUUUGCUCCUAUUGGGAAGAAAAUUGCUAGUGAAGACGACAUAAUUCCAGAAUCUACUCCUGCUAAGCUUCACAGCAUUGAUGGUGGUGAAGUAAAAGUUGUUGAUGGCGAAUUAUCGAAGUCCCUGUUGGAAAAUAAUAAGUGUUAUCUGCUGGACUGUGGUGCUGAAGUAUUUGUCUGGGUUGGAAGAGUGACGCAAGUAGAGGAGCGAAAAGCAGCAAUUCAAGUAGCCGAGGAAUUUAUUGCCAGCCAGAAUAGGCCAAAGGCAACUCGUGUUACUCGGGUUAUACAAGGUUAUGAAACACAUUCUUUUAAGUCCAACUUUGAGUCCUGGCCAGUUGGAUCAGCGACUACCGGUGCUGAGGAAGGAAGGGGAAAAGUAGCUGCUCUAUUGAAGCAACAAGGUCUUGGUCUCAAGGGACUAUCAAAGAGUGCACCAGUGAAUGAGGAAGUUCCACCCUUGCUGGAGGGAGGUGGAAAAAUGGAGGUAUGGCGAAUCAAUGGCAGUGCCAAAACUCCAUUGCCAGAAGAGGAUAUUGGUAAAUUUUACUGUGGAGACUGCUACAUCAUUCUUUAUACCUACCACUCUGGUGAGAGGAAAGAAGAUUAUUUCUUGUGCUCUUGGUUUGGAAAGGACAGCAUUGAGGAAGAUCAAAAGAUGGCGACACGGUUGACUAAUACAAUGUUCAACUCGCUGAAAGGGAGGCCUGUUCAGGGUCGCAUAUUUGAAGGCAAAGAGCCACCCCAAUUUAUUGCCCUCUUUCAACCUUUUGUAGUCCUCAAGGGUGGCUUGAGCUCUAGUUACAAGAAAGUCAUUGCAGAUAAAGCUUUGGCUGAUGAAACUUACACGGCAGAUUCUGUUGCCCUUAUUAGGAUAUCUCAAACAUCCAUUCACAACAAUAAAGCAGUGCAAGUUGAAGCUGUUGCGACGUCAUUGAACUCUACAGAGUGUUUUAUCCUGCAAUCUGGCUCUUCCGUUUUCUCAUGGCAUGGAAACCAAAGUACAUUCGAGCAGCAACAGUUAGCUGCAAAAGUCGCAGAGUUUCUAAAGCCAGGUGCUACUGUGAAACAUGCAAAGGAAGGAACAGAGAGUUCAACCUUCUGGUUUCCACUUGGAGGGAAACAAAGUUACAACAGUAAAAAAGUAUCUCAGGAUAUUGUCAGGGAUCCCCACUUGUAUGCAUUUUCGUUCAGUCAAGGAAAGUUCCAGGUAGAGGAAAUUUACAACUUUUCUCAAGAUGAUCUGUUGACAGAGGAUAUCUUGAUACUUGACACUCAAGCUGAAGUGUUUAUAUGGAUUGGUCAUUCCGUUGACCCGAAAGAAAAGCAAAAUGCUUGGGAAAUUGGUCAGAAAUAUGUGGAGAUGGCUGCAUGUCUAGAGGGAUUGUCUCCUAAUGUGCCGUUGUAUAAAGUUUCGGAAGGAAACGAGCCAUGCUUCUUCACGACGUACUUUUCAUGGGAUUAUUCUAAGGCCAUUGUUCAAGGGAACUCAUUCCAAAAGAAGGUGACUUUACUCUUUGGCAUUGGACAUACUGUGGAGGAAAAGUCAAAUGGGAACCAAGGAGGAGGACCAACGCAGAGAGCUUCAGCUUUAGCUGCCUUAUCGUCUGCAUUUAAUCCUUCUGCAGAUAAAUCCACCCACUUGAGUCCAGAUAAGUCCAAUGGAUCUAGCCAGGGAAGUGGUCCGAGGCAACGUGCUGAAGCUCUAGCUGCCUUGACCUCUGCUUUUAAGUCGUCGCCUGCAAAUACAUCGUCUACAUCGAGAGUAUCAGGCAGAGGGAAAGGCUCACAAAGGGCAGCAGCUGUAGCUGCUCUUUCAUCUGUUCUUACUGCUGAAAAGAAAAAGGCUAAUGAUUCCUCUCCUCCUCCAGAGAGUAAUGUUCCAGCUGAACAAAUAGAGAACCCUGAAGAAGUCUUGGAUCUCAAGGAGCGAUGGGAAACGACUCCUGUAUCGAAAAACUAUUCCGACGAAGCAGAUGUAAAUCAAGAGGGCCUGCAGGAAGAGAAUGGUAGUCUAGCUGUUUUUAGUUACGAUCGACUGAAGGCCAGAUCCGAUAACCCAGUGACCGGAAUUGAUCUGAAAAAGAGAGAGGCCUAUCUCUCAGAUGAAGAGUUCCAAACUGUAUUUGGAACAACAAAAGAAGUAUUCUAUAAGUUGCCAAAAUGGAAGCAAGACAUGCAAAAGAAGAAAGCUGAUUUGUUCUAGUGAAUGAAUCGAGAUCGAACGAGAUUAUCGCUGCUCUCUAAGUAUCAACUCUACAUUUCUUCAUCUAUUUUGUUUUCUUGUUUAUCUUGGUUGAGCUGAAAUGUGUUGGCAUUUUGAUAUUUGCCAUUGUUGAACAUAGUCAUAGUUAUUGUCAUUCAAUUGUGCUGCUGCCUGGAGUGAUCUCUUUUUGCCCUUUUGAUUCUGUAUGACUCUUUGGUCAUUGUUGCUGGUUGGUAUGUAAUGUUCAGAAGUUGUAGAACACAGAACCAGGCAGCCAAUUCUUUCAUUUGGUCCUCUAGUAGUUUAUUUGCAAGUUUCGCCCUACUGUCGUAGUUUUCAUUUGCUAGUAGGUUGCGGGUUGUAUAUGAAACGAAUACGUCGUAUGCGUCCUUCUAUUUUAUACAAGGAAUGACAUAUUUUUCUGUUGUUUGAUAUC